GCUCGCCGCCUUUGGCUACUUCCCCGUUCGUGUUUCUACCUUUCCAGCAAGAGCAUCGAUUGCGGUGUCUGUCGCAUCAACACACCAACACGCAAUAUACAUACUAUGGACGUUAUUCCUAUCGCAGCGCAGGAGACGGCGUCUCGCUACCACAAAAAGGCCGGCGAACGCCCCAUGAGUUCUGCCGUGACGACCGACCUCACCGCUCUGCUCACUCGACUGUGGCUGCUGAACAACAAGGAAGGCCUCGAUGAGGCGGGUAGCGUCGCCUCCACGGUCACCGCCAUUGAGCAGCAGGCGGACGACAUGGUUGACUACCUGCUGCACCGCUGCAGCCUACCGUGUCUUUCUACCUUGUCCCUGCAAGUCCGCUGCGAUAACCUCCGCACCUCGCACGCAGAGCAGGCUCAACAGGCCGCCGUGAAGAAGGAGGCGAUCGCGGUGCAGCUGGAGGAGGCGCUGCUGUCGAUGGAGUCUGGCCUGACCACGGCGGAGCAGGUCUGGGCCGCGCUGGCCAUCAGUCUCAUUCACCACUACGGCCGCGGCUCCCCACUCGUGCCGUCGUCGGCUGCCGCUGCGGCGGCGCAAACGUCGCCGAGCAGCGACCCGGCUUACGGCGAGGCCAUCUUUGCCGUCAGCGCCGCCUUGCCCCGCGCGCAGAUGGCGGGGUUCCUGCGGCAGGACCGGGUCGAGAGAGCCGGGCAGCUGCGCCAGCUCCGCCGCAUCGCCUGGGGUCUCCGGCUCUACCAAAAAGAAACGGGUCGGUGCGGCGGGGUGGACAUGGCCCCGCUCGCCGCCACCGCGGACACGCCGCUGUCGUUGCUGGAGAAAAAAUGCAACGAUGCCCUCGCCAGCCUGGAGCCGCGCAUUUGCCAAACACGGGCGCUGCUUACGUCCCCGACCUGCGCGUUGGUCACGGCGGCCAUGAACGUGCUGCGGGAGGAGUACCAUCAUUUGCUGUUGAUGCUGCACGUGCUGAAGUGCGCACAGUGCGGUCUGCGGCAACUGCGUGACUGCGUCGCGGAAAAGGUGUUGGCGCCGUACCAGACGACGCUAAGUGAACUGCGGGAGCUGCUGACGCCGAGCCGCCGACACCCCACCGCGGCGGCAGCAAACAACAACACCGACAACAACGGCGGUGGUGGUGCGCCAUCGGAGGCGGCACCGAAGAAAGUCGUCUUCCCCAAAUUCAUGGAACUGGCGGACGCCUACGAACUCGGCAUGAAGUGCGCGGAGGAGUACAGCUACUACGCCUCCCUCUUGCAAAUGGUGUCGGAUUCGCGGGAGGGCUACGCGUCGACGUUGCCGACGAACGCGGCUGAGGACGCCCUUGCGCGGGAGAACGCGAACAAGAAAGCUGCUUCUGCGGCUGCUGCGUCGGCUCACCCUCCCCCUUCUUCCGCAACUACGACGACUGCCGGUGCCUUAGCGGCGGAGGUCAACGCCAUCUUAGACGCCGAAACCACUCGCCGCAGACUACCGGCCGGCGUACACGUCCGCUAUUACACCGAGCUGCCUCUGCACACCGUCGACGCCGCUGUCGCUCAGCUCUACCCGCAGUCCCUGUGUGCCAUGCGUGGGUACUGCCCGGUGCAGUACAUCGAGGGCCGUCCGGUAUCGGGGCUGCUGCUGCCUGGGCAGACAGGGCAACUCCCAUCCGCCGAUGCUGCCUCGUCGCCUGCAGCGGCCCCGGGCGAUGCGUCGCUCGGCUGCAUGGAGGUGAGCGGCGGCACGGGUGAAGCCGCCCUCGCCCGCCCGCUUCGCUUCCUCUUCGCCGAUGCGGCGGCCACGCGGGCCUUCGCGGCCGACCCGUGGAGGUACGUGCACGGCUGCUUGCGUGUCUUCCACCCUGCGGAACCGUCCGUGUCGCUGGUGAUGGGGCUGGCGGAUGAGCUACCGGGGGAGCUCUACCUCGAGGGGGCCCGCAGUGUGGAGAAGGUGUCGGAUAUCGCGGCGAACACGCAGACCGCGGACAGGAGGGCGGACUGCGGCACGCAGACGGGGCAGGUGGACGCCUACAUCAACCACCACUACUUCUGGAACGAGUGGGACUUGCGCCGGCACGCGCUGAAGCUGGCGAACAUGAUGCAGAUGCGCACGCACGCGGCGCAGACGGCGGCCUCGCACUAUCGACGGGAGGCGACGACGCAGGCAGACCCGAUGAAGGACUCGGAGACGCAGACGUUGCAGGAUGCCGCGACGCAACCACCGCGAGUGGUGCAGUAUUUGAAAGGUCUGCGUGGCACAGAGGCGUCCGCAGUGGAGGCGGUGCAGCACUUCGUGGAGUACUAG